AUGAAUGUCAUCAAUGAAAUCACAGGGCUGCAAAGACAGCGGAAUCCUACUAUACCGAUCUCUGGAUUCGUUUAUACGGAGCCUGGCCGGUUUAUUGGAAAAUGGGACGAUGUUGGCGCAUCAUUCAGCCAGACCGAUGCUUGGGAGCCAUUCUCCCUUCGGAACACUGUCAAGGCCAAUGAUGAGAACAAUGCCCGAUUAGAGUCAUUAAUGAGUGCACUUCCACCCCAGGCGGAUGGAGUGGCUCGAGUAUUUCUCCAGGAGCUUUUUGACGAUGACGUUCGCGACAAUGACUCCACAUCCGGAAUGGACUUCCCGUACAAGUUCCCUCCUCUUAGGAUCGCUACUGUGGGCUUCUUGUCGUUGAUUAGCAACCAAUAUUGGGCCUCACCACUUCGAUGGCAUAGGAUAGAGUCUUUCAAUUUCAUCGCAAGCAAGCGAGGCAGUCCUCAAGUUCGCUGGGUCAAUGUCGUGCGGUAUCUACGCUUUCAGGUCAUUGACAAUCGACUACAAGAGUUUAUCAUGUGCAGAACACUUGUCCGUACAGACUGGACGGGAAACAAUCGUCGUUUCCCAGAAGAACAGUUCCGUCUCUACCAAGCAACAGCUACCUUUGCUACACAGCUAUGCGAACUCGACGCUAUGUAUCGCCCUUUCAAAAACACGUCGGACUGGAUGAAGGCUUUCAGCCUACAGUUCUGCCAUGCCAAUCUGCUAUUGUAUGCUAAAUUUCUAUUGCGCCACAAGAAGUCAAGUUGGAUCGUCCACGCCAGUAUCGAGAACGUCCAAUAUCCCGAUAACAAUUUCGAUAUGGAGAUGAACUGGACGGCGAUGUAUAGUGAGGAAGUAGCCAAGCGAAAGCAGCAGCUCUCCACAUACGUACACUUUCGGAUACUUGCGUCUAUUCUCUGGUGGCUGGGUCUGGGUCUAUUCUGCAUUAUUCUUGUCGUUUCCUGUCUCAUUGGCAUGUUUAGAGAUAUUAGCCUCGGUGCUAAGGUGCUUGGAUACGGGCUAGCUGUCGUCUCCUUCCCUGCUGCAAGGAAAGCGGCACAAGAAUCACCUCGAGUCGAAAGGCGUCGGCAAGGUAUGGGAGCAGAUGAGGAAAAUGCCUCCCCAGUCAACCCGCCUGAACCUACGACUAGGAUGACGGAGCUAGCAAGCGCUGCCGCCAACCACGCAGAAUCAGAGGACGAGGUGGCCAACGAGUAG